UAUAAACAACGGAAGGUUUGCGGUAAUAAAGCGAAGCAAAAAGCCGAGUUAUGGAAGUCGAUUAAUCCAACAAUCCUCCAAUAAUCCCUCAACAGUCCAAAAAUAAGCAAAUUUCCAACAUAUGCCCCCAUGGAAUUAUCAGAAUAACCCACAAGCCAACCAGUUUCAUUGACCAAGACCACCAUCUCCAAUUUUCCCCCAAAUCCUACACCUUCUUUCUCAGGAUUAGGGCUUUAUGUAUAUCUAUAUAUCUAUAUAUCUAUAUAUUUCUCACUGCAACUCUUGAUUUGGGUUCCUCUAAUUUUCAAAAAGAGUUGCAAUCAGAAAUAUUAUAUAUAUUCCCUUUAAAUCUCAUGUCUCUGUUCUCUCCUACUCCAUGGCUCUUGUUAUUGUUACUCUGCUUUAUCGGAUUGGAGCCUGGUGGUCAAGCUCUGAAGAUGCCCUUUAGGGUCAACGAUGUCCUUCCUGUUCUUCCUCGUCAGAUUUCAUGGCCGGUGCUCAACAAUCUCCACAGUGCCGUGGAUUUGUUGCCUUCUUUUGUUGGAUCGGUGACUCCAAAUAAUGGGUCGAUUGAGUGGAAAGGAGCUUGCUUUUUCGGUAACGAGGCGAGGCUCGAGUUUACUGAAGGUGAUCGGAAGGAACCGGGUUUGGGUGGUGGUGUUCUCUAUCUCAAGUGUGGAUGCUCAACUUUAUAUAACAUUAGUCAACCCACUUGGAACAAUCACAAAACAUCUGAGGCACACAGCUGGACCUGUAUGGAUCUCUAUGUUUUUGCAACACCCUAUCGGGUUACAUGGGAUUAUUACUUCUCUGGUCGAGAGCAUACAUUGAAGUUUGAUUCCUGGGAAGAGCCUGCAGAGCUGGAAUAUGUAAAGCAGCAUGGGAUUUCCGUAUUCCUCAUGCCAUCUGGGAUGAUGGGAACCCUUCUAUCUUUAAUAGAUGUCUUGCCUCUGUUUUCUAACACCGCUUGGGGUCAGAGUGCAAACUUAGCUUUUUUGAGUAAGCACAUGGGUGCCACGUUCGAAAAACGGCCACAGCCUUGGCGUGUGACUAUAAAUCCUGAAGAUGUUCAUUCUGGUGACUUUCUGGCAGUUUCAAAGAUCCGUGGACGGUGGGGUGGAUUUGAGACAUUAGAAAAAUGGGUUACAGGUGCAUUUGCAGGUCAUACAUCUGUGUGCUUGAAGGAUGAAAUGGGCAAUCUUUGGGUCGGUGAAUCAGGACACGAGAAUGAAAAGGGUGAAGAAAUUAUUGUGGUAAUUCCUUGGGAGGAAUGGUGGGAAUUGGCACUGAAGGAUAGUUCUAACCCACAAAUAGCAUUGCUUCCCUUGCACCCUGAGAUGCGUGCGAAAUUCAACAAUACAGCCGCAUGGGAAUAUGCUCGAAGUAUGUCAGGAAAGCCAUAUGGAUAUCACAAUAUGAUCUUUAGCUGGAUUGACACCGUGGGUGACAACUAUCCUCCUCCUCUUGAUGCUCACUUGGUGGUUUCUGUCAUGUCUAUGUGGACGAGAUUGCAGCCAGCUUAUGCUGCAAAUAUGUGGAAUGAAGCUCUAAAUAAGCGACUGGGAACUGAGGAACUGGACUUGCAGGAGAUUCUAGUUGAGACUGAAAAGCGGGGCAUCACAUUUGAUCAAUUACUUACCAUUCCAGAAAAGGAUGAAUGGGUAUACAGCGAUGGGAAGUCUACAACAUGCGUUGCCUUCAUCCUUUCCAUGUACAAAGAGGCUGGACUUUUUGGGCCGAUUGCUAACUUUAUUCAAGUUACUGAAUUUACUAUUCGUGAUGCAUAUAUGCUUAAGCUUUUUGAGGACAACCAUACGCGUUUGCCAAGUUGGUGCAACACCGAGGAUGGACGUGUUCCAUUCUGCCAGAUUCUUGGUGAAUAUCGUAUGGAGCUGCCUGAAUAUAAUACUAUUCAGCCAUAUGCUAACAUGAAUGAGAACUGCCCUUCACUACCCCCUAAUUAUGAAAGGCCUGCUCAAUGUUAAAUCUAGGUUCCAUCUUUUUGUUUUUUGUUGCUGCACAUGUUCCUCAAAGUGUUAUGUGUUUGAUGCUAAAUUCAGCAUGCAUAAAUUGAUGAACUAGGCCGUUGAUGUCUAGCAAAACAUAUGUAUUCACUCAGUUCUGCUAUAGAUGUUCAAUCUGUAUA